UCUUUUGCUUUACCUCUCAAUUCCCAAAUCCAUUAAAAAAAAAAAAAAAUAGACACAAAAUCAUAACUGGUUCUAAUGGCAUUUUCUCUCUGACCAAUCCAAAUAACUAUCCCCAAAAACCCCUCAAAAACCUCAAAAUACCGUACCUGUCCCACUCAAUUCAGCACUUUUGAAUUCCCAAACCAAACCACCUACUACUCGUACUAGUACCACUUCUAUUACUAUUACUACCUCUCUUUUAUUCGUUCGCUCUAUUCUGAUCACUUUUAUUUUAUUUUUUGACCUCAAAGUUCGAUUAAUUUACAGUAAUGUCCAACUCUGGCGGCUUCGCUCUGACUCGGACCCACGGCUCGGACCGGUUCUACAACCCGCCGGCGGUUCGUAGACACCAGCAGCUGCUUUUGCAGCAGCAGCAGAAAAGGCAGCUCCACAGCCAGAAGGAGGUGAAGCCCGAGACCCGAGUCGACUCGGACGAGUCGACAUUGUCUAGGCCAAACUCGGUCUGCUCUGCCUCUUCUUCAAACGCUGAUUCCACCAACUUGGAUCGCCUUGUAGAAUCGGUCACUCCCUUUGUUCCAGCUCAGUCCUUCUCCGAGGCAAGAAUGAGGGGGCGGAGAAAUCGUGAAGCUGACAUACACUUUAGUCUUGGUGAUCUAUGGGAAUCUUUUAGAGAAUGGAGUGUGUAUGGAGUGGGAGUACCAUUGUUAUUGAAUGGCGGUGACUCUGUUAAACAAUAUUAUGUUCCAUCUUUGUCGGGAAUACAAUUGUACACAGAUCCACAUAGGCUGAGGAGGCCUGGUGAGGACAGUGAUGCUGAGUCUUCAAGGGAGACAAGCAGCGCUGGCAGCAGUGACUGUGAGGCAGAAAGGCGAGCCAAAAGCAUUGUUGAUGGACUGCAGGGUCAGCACGAUCUAAUGAGCUUAAACAAUCAGAGAAUGAGCAGACUUACAUUGAGAGAUAAACCUCCCCUGAGUCCAUCCGGUGAUGAAACUGAGGUUUGCAGCUCUCCUGGGAAGAUUGUAUUUGAAUAUUUUGAACAAGAACAACCACAUCAUCGCCAACCUUUGUAUGAUAAGAUUUCAAAUCUUGCAACUCAAUUUCCUGAUCUCAGGUCGUAUAGGAGCUGUGAUCUUUUGCCUACAAGUUGGGUUUCUGUGGCUUGGUAUCCAAUAUAUAGAAUCCCUGUAGGCCCAACACUACAAAGUCUGGAUGCUUCUUUUCUAACCUUCCAUUCCUUAUCGACACACUCCAGAAGCAAAAAUAAACCACAGUUUCAUACUUCAAGUGGGAGGAAGGUCCACAGGGUUGGUGAAUCCUCAAAGAUUUCUCUGCCUGUUUUUGGCCUUGCUUCCUACAAGUUGAGAGGUUCAAUUUUGACUCCUGGUGGAGCCUGUGAAAGUCAGCAAGCAAACUCUCUAUUGCAGGCUGCUGACAAUUGGCUCCGGCGUUUGCAAGUUAAUCUUCCUGAUUUCCAGUUCUUUGUUUCCCACAACUCACAAUGGAGAUGAUAGGGGGUAUGGAUUAUAAUGUUCUUCCAUAUGGACAGAAGUUCCAGGUUGUCAGUGUUGGAAUGAGAUAUGGUGAAAGUUAAAUGCCUUUGCUUAAAAACCCUCCUAAAUAACAGCUUGGUUUUCAGCCUUGUCAGCCUUAUUACCAUGUUAGUUUCUGAAUAGAAGCAGAAUGGUCCAUAAGAAGUUGAAUGAGAAAGAAAAAGAGACUUGUGGCUUCAGUCAGACUUGGUCACAUAAGGAAUUCGGUGAUGCAACCGGAUGUUAUUCAGGCCUGCAGGUGCACAAAGGGCUUGUAGGCACUAGACGGCUGUUCUGUUGUAUAAGGGUAUGGCAUGCAAAACUGCAAUCCAACAUUGGAAUCAGAUAGCCUCACUUCUUUUGUUGUGUUGGGGGCAGCUCUUAAUUAUAUGAUCUGGGUAUGUUGGGUCAUUUACUGACCCCAUCUUGUUGUCCUUGCCUAGUGAAUUUUGGAGAAACGUGUGGCAAUAUUGAUCGUAAACUCUCGGAAAAUCUGUACUCUUGUCAUCACAUAUAAACCCAUACCAGUAGUUUUCAGAA